AUGGGUGCCCUGGUCCGCCUCCUGCAGCUGCUGGUGCUGCUGCUGACGCUGCCCCUGCACCUGAUGGCUCUGCUGGGCUGCUGGCGGCCCCUGUGCAAAAUCUACUUCCCCUACCUCAUGGCUCUGCUGACUGCCCAGUGCAACCGCAAGAUGGAGAGGAAGAAGCGGGAGCUCUUUGGCCAGAUCGAGGGCCUUACGGGAGUCUCCGGGAAGGUGGCCUUGCUGGAGCUGGGCUGCGGCACGGGUGCCAACUUCCAGUUCUACCCUGCGGGCUGCAGGGUAACGUGCCUGGACCCAAACCCCCACUUCGAGAGGUUCCUGACCAAGAGCAUGGCUGAGAACAGGCAUGUGCAGUACGAGCAAUUUGUGGUGGCUGCCGGAGAAGACAUGAAAGGGCUGGAGGAUGGCUGCAUGGACGUGGUGGUCAGCACCCUGGUGCUGUGCUCCGUGCAGAGCCCGAGGAGGGUCCUGCAGGAGGUCCAGAGAGUGCUGCGGCCGGGAGGAGUGUUCUUAUUCUGGGAGCAUGUGGCUGAGCCCCGUGGAAGCUGGGCCUUCCUGUGGCAGCAAGUUCUAGAGCCCACCUGGAAACACAUUGGGGAUGGCUGCUGCCUCACCAGAGAGACCUGGAAGGAUCUCGACAGUGCCCAGUUCUCUCAACUCCAAAUGGAAUACCAACCCCCUCCCUUCAAGUGGUUGCCAAUUGGGCCCCACAUCAUGGGAAAGGCUGUGAAAUAA